CAUAACGGGAGAAAAGGAUGGGGGUCUGAGAGCGGCUGGAUACUGAAUCCGGUAGGGCUAUGCGCCUAUACUCUAUCCUUACACCCGUAGCCAUGCAAACGACGCUUUAGAGGAUGCGGUAGGCUGUUGCUGUCUUGUCAGCUGUUUUUGUCUUGAGCAUCACCGCGAGGGCGAGGAAGACAACGCCGGAGCCACGGACCCCCGCAGACCUGGAAAGCGAGGCUAACGGAGGAUGGAGUUCAAGCAGCUGGUGGAGGCAGCGGAGAAAUGGUGCUCCGGUAACCCGUUCGACCUCAUCUUCGCAGAGGAGGACGACGAGAGGCGGCUGGACUUUUACGCAGAGCCCGGGAUCUCCUUCUAUGUGCUGUGUCCCGAUAAUUUGACUGACGGCACCGACAAUUUCCACGUAUGGAGUGAGAGUGAAGACUGCCUUCCCUUCUUACAGUUGGCCCAGGACUACAUCUCCUCUUGUGGGAAGAAGACUCUUCUGGAGGUGUUGGAGAAGGUCUUCACUGCCUUCAGACCUCUCCUGGGUCUCCCAGACAUAGACGAUGACAGUUUUGAGCAUUACCAUGCUGACGUGGAUGGGGAACCGGGGGCAGAUCACCAGCAGAUGGGGGUCAGCCAGCAGUGAUGGUUCAGGAGGAGGUCGGCGGUUGGGCUAGAAUCCCCUGUAUAUGACUGGCCCUUAGGCUCAAACACUCAACAAGUAGUCUACACACUCCUUUGGCACAACUGCCCUAACACAUACAUAGACACAGCCACCGACAGACAGACAGACAGACAGACAGACAGACAUGCAGACAGACAGACAGACAGACAGACAGACAGACAGACAUGCAGACAGACAGACAGACAUGCAGACAGGCAGACAUACAUGCAAACAGACAGACAGACAGACAGAAACACCCACACACAGGGUUCAACCAACUGAAAAUGCACCACUAUGUUUUUGAAUGUCUCAGUGGCUUUGCUUCCCAAAACAGUGCACUUUGUUGCUACCUGUUUACAGACACACAGAAACACGUAUGCGCACACACACACACACACACACACACACACACACACGCACGCACGCACGCACGCACACACACACACACACACACUCAGUUCAAACAACUGGGCUACCUGACCAGUUACCACGUACAAUGCAAAUUUAUCUUGAUAAUUCACCAUCCGGUUAGUUAAAAUUCUACAAUACAGCAAUAUUAUCAUCAGCCUCAGCUGGCUUUGUUAUGCAGACCAUCUCACCAAGUUACUACAUUUCUCACUUUCCCCAUGACUUUUGAGAUGAAUGUGGCAGAUAACCCAGUUUUUCUGCCUGCACGUUGACGGAGGCACAAGACAGAUGAAAGACGAAUGUGAAAACCGCCUGCCUGGUUGUAGCUGCGUGUUUAAUUUAGAACACAUGUAAGGUAGGAUUGUACUGAUGUAGGUUUAAAAAAAAAGGGUAAGGAAGGAACGGCUGACUGGUUCCUUACAAAUUAGAAACAAAGAAGGCGCUAUCCCAUAAUUAAAGAACCUAUUUGUUAAUGUUGAUGUAUGUGAAAAGCUCUCGAAGGCCCAUAAUUCAUGUUGUCCUGCUUUACUGUACCCAAACUGAAUUGUCGUACAGCUCUGCUGACACGAUUUUCAUAGCAAUCCAAGUUAUCGACAAAACCCACACGGAAUUAACCAAAUGGACAGCGUCACAGCAUUGUAGAUCUUGAUUUUUUUUUUCUCCAGAUGGUAUACCGCACCUGUCAGUGUGCAUCAUACUUACACAUUUCACAACAUUCAUGUCAAUUUAUGCUGGAGUUUUGUCGACAUUAUUAAAACGAUAACUGGGUAGACUGUCACCAUAACAAACCGAGGUCCAUGCUCCAGCUUAGCACAGAGACCUUCCUUGCUGUGGUGAUCCAGUUUCCCCCUCAUACAGUGGUUCCUACCUUUCCAUUAUAUCCUUUUAACUGACACUGAUAACUUCCGAGUCCCUCCAGGUUAGUCUCCCAGUCCUGCAGGUUAACCUCCCUGCCCUGCAAGUUAACCUCCCUAUCCUGCAGGUUAACCUCCCUGCAGGUUAACCCCCCAGUCCUGCAGGUUAACCUCCCAGUCCUGCAGGUUAACCUCCCUGCCCUGCAGGUUAACCUCCCAGUCCUGCAGGUUAGCCCCACCACCCCAACCUGCCAGAUGUGUACAUGACAGGCACGUAGGAUGUGAGCUUAAACUGACUACCGAUGAUUUAAUAUCUGCUAUCCUUUUUGUGAAUGUUUGUUUUUAAGAUUUCUUGGUCCACUAUUUCCCGAGAUUUAAAUUCCUAUGUACACAUCCCGAUCCUGACUGACAUUGCGGGGAGAUGCAAAUACUUUGUUGUCAGCCAACCUCUGCCUGCCUGUAUUUAUAAUCUUAUGGAGCGUGCGUAUGUCACAACCAGUGCACUGCUUUAGCCCCAUUGCUUUCAACCACUUGAUCCUACGGCAUCACGUACAGAUGUGUUUCAAUGGUUUAUCUUUAACCGUGUUUACUUUGGCUUGGAAAUGUUUUGUCUUUUUAUUGCCUAUUCCUGUGUUUCUAAUGCUGUGUGGUUUUAUGUUUGUCCCUUCAGUACAUGUGAAAUUAUUCAAUAAACUGUGUG